AUGUCAAAAGUUCAAUCUCAAUCAAUUUCAAUAGAAUUAAAGAAUCCAAAUGGUGUUAAAGAAGGAUAUGAAGAUUAUUCUGGUAAAUUACCAUCAACAACUAGGAAAAGAUUAGAAAAAUAUGGUAUUGAUUUAUCAAAAGGUUAUCCUAAAAGACCUAAUGAAAUUCCAUUGUUUCUUGAUGAUGCUUAUAAGAUUAGAAAUCAAGUUAAUCCUGAAUAUGUUGAACGUGGUAUUGGUGCUGAUCCUGAAAAGAAGGCAUUAUUUAGUGGUGCUAAACAAGUUGUUAAUUUGACCAAGUAUAUUGGUACUGAAAUUAUUGGAUUACAAUUACAAGAUUUGAAUGAAAAACAAUUAGAUGAAUUAGCUUUACUUAUCGCUGAAAGAGUUGUUGUUGUUUUCAGAGAUCAAGAUCUUUCACCACAAAAACACUUGGAGAUUGGUUCUUAUUAUGGUGAAGUCGAGGUUCAUCCAUUAACUGCACAAGUUUUACCUGGUUCUACUGUUGUAUGGGAUAAAUUUAAUAGAGGUGGUCCAUUAAUCGAGUUCCAAAAGGGGGCUUCAGGUUCUUAUUGGCAUACAGAUUUAGAUCAUGAAUUUUCACCAGCUGGUAUAACUCAUUUACAUUUGGAUAGUAUUCCUUCAGUUGGAGGUGAUACGGGGUAUAUAUCAGGUUAUGCAGCAUUUGAUAAAUUAAGUCCAAGUUUCCAAAAAUUUUUAGAAGGUAAAAAGGCAAUUCAUAAAUCUGCACAUCGUUAUUAUAAACGUGAUGAUUUAUUAGCAGGACCUCAACAUUUGGAAAGAGAACAUGAUUUAGUUGUUACACAUCCUGUUACUGGUUGGAAAUCAUUAUUUGUUAAUCCUGCACAUGUUGUUCGUAUUGUUGGUUUGGAAAGGGAUGAAUCAGAUUUAAUUUUGAAGUACUUGAAUGAUGUUUUUGCAAAGAACUUGGAUAUUCAAGUUAGAAUUAAUUGGCAAGGUUCAGGCCCGGGUGAAGAUGGUAUUAUUAAACCAGUUAGUGUUCUUUGGGAUAAUAGAAUUUCUCAACAUGUUGCAAUUCCAGAUUAUAAUGAUUCAUGGGAAGGUUCUGUUAGACAUGCACAUAGAGUUACAAGUUUAUCAAUACCAACUAAAUUUGAUCCAGAAUCCAAGAGUCAAAGAGAAGCAUUGGGGUUAGAUAAAAAAUAA